GUUUGAACUCAUUGUAAUUAUAAGAUCUUUGAUGUAGUAUGUAAACAAUUCGGUGUGGAAGGUACUAGGUAGCGUCAUGAGCAUGGCGUGUAGAUUGAGUUCGAGAUAUGCUAAACACUUAUUCCAGCCACGCUGUUGUGUCACAGGUGCUCAACAGCAACAAAAGCGGUCUGGAGUAACAGUGAUUCAGGAUGUCUUGAAAUCAGAAAAACCUGUCACAACAGGCAGGGAGUCGUUAGAAGGUCGCUCUGGGGAAGGUGUGGACUAUAGAUUGAUAUACCCAGAAUUUCUGCCAGAUCCUGAUAUGAAGAAAAGAAAUCAAAUUCGUGAAAAGCUGGAAAGAAUGGACAUGCUAAGCCGUAGAAAUAAUAUUGACAUACCUGAAUUUUAUGUUGGAAGCAUAAUGGCUGUCACAACAUCUGAUCCUCAUGCACAGAAUAAAGUUAAUCGGUUUGUUGGCAUAUGUAUCAGCAGAAGUGGAUGCGGCCUAAGAGCGUCAUUCAUUCUUAGGAAUGUUGUUGAUCAUCAAGGUGUGGAGAUAAUGUAUGACAUGUACAACCCAACUAUUCACAAAAUUGAAGUUUUAAGACUUGAAAAACGAUUGGAUGAGGAGUUGUUUUAUUUGAGAGAUGCACUACCAGAAUACAGCACAUUCUCAUUUAACAUGGAGGCUGAAGUGCUACCAGAAGGGGCACCUGUGCCAAUAAACCCACUGAAGGUAAAAUUAAAGCCACGCCCAUGGCAUGAUCGCUGGGAAAGAAAAGAUUUGAAAGGUGUAGAGAGCCUUGAUAUACCAGAGAAACAUAUUAAGCGUGCUGCCGAGUUGGCUACACCCUGGGAAAAGUAUGAUCUGAUGAAACAAUACAGGGCAACUAUACCAGAAGAAGAACAGAGGGAAAUAUUUUCAGAAAUUCAGUCAGAGCUACAUAAAUUGGAGAUUAGUCGUAGAAGAAUAAAGAGAACAAGAACAUUUGUUAAACCUAAAAAGAAAGCUUGAAGAGAAACUGUUUGUAAACAAAAAUUCUGUAGCUGCAAAAUAAAAAUGUGGUCCACUGUAUAUAAUUAAUAUGUUCAACAUUGUUUUUGUGGCACUUUGCUAAUAUUCAAGAUUUUGUCUAUUUCGAUUCUACAGAAACAAAAACAAACAAAAUUGUUAUUUUUAUGAAAUGGAUGUUUUUAAUUUAAUUUAUUACUUGUAACAAUAAUAAGUUUUAUGCUGAUCUAUAAAUCAUUGUGAUUUCUUUA